UCAACGUUUUCAUCUUGGUUGCUCAGUUCCUCGAAUUUUCGUCUUGCCUUCGCCUCUACACUUCCUAUUACAAAUACAAAUUUACACGACAGAAAAGUCUUGUGUGGACCGAAAGCUAAGGUAACCGUAUUCAAACCGCGCUGAUCAAAUCCACAUCUCCCAGACCUCUCGCCCAAUGGGCAAUAUUUGCGUGUGAUUUGCAAUUGUUCUCGUCACCUCACAUGUCAGCCUCGCAAUCCUAUUGUACGUGACAUUGACACCACUCGUUGACCCGAGCAGUGUCUUGCCCAAGCUAAUUAAGCUGUGAGAGAACACACAUGGCAGUCGAGUGCUGCUAAACCUGACAUUGCCUUCUUCUCUUUCUUCCGCUCCGUCUCUUUUUUAGUAGGGGAGUCCUAGUAAGCUUGUCGAUCAGUGCCAUGUCAGGGAGCACCAUGGCUGGCGCGCCGGCCAUGCCGGAAGGCGCCGGGGAUCCAUACGAGCGGGAGCUGAACUACAGCUUCACUGGGCGCGUCGCGCUCACCGUCGUCUUCGUCCUCUUUGGGCUCACCGUCGUCAUCGUCGUCAUGCGCGUCUUGCUCUACGUGUUGGUGUGUCGGUCUGGCCGAGGCGGAGGCCGCGGCAGCGGCGGCCUCGCCGCUGGCAUCCUCCGGUCCAUCAACUCGUUCGGAAGGAUCGGCAGCCGACGGCACGGGCUGGACGCGUCCGCGCUCUCCGCGCUGCCGGUCACCGUGUAUCGGAAGGAGGUCGGCUCCACCAGCGCCGCUGGCGCUGACUGCGCCGUGUGCCUGUCGGAGCUCGCGGACGGGGACACGGUGAGGCAGCUGCCGAACUGCGGGCACGUAUUCCACGUGGAGUGCGUCGACGUGUGGCUGCGCACCAGGACGACGUGCCCUCUCUGCCGGGCAGAGGCGGAGCUGUCCCAGGGCCAGCGGAGCGGCAAGGCGGAGGCGGCUGCGCAGUCGUCGUCGGGCACGGAGCCGCCGCAACCGACGUUGCUUGGUGCAGGAGGAACCUCGAUAGUGACCGUACAAGGUGGCUUCACGGAUACCCAGAGAGACGUGCGGGGAAUCGGCGGCAGGUGCAAAGGUGACCAUCUGGACCGUGCCAGCUCAACGGAGCUCAACACGAGCUAAAUGGGUUGUGUUUGGCCUGAAGGCCGGGCACGCUGGUCGGCACAGCCACUCAUCUUUUAAUGAUACUAUCUUGGUUCUCAUCCCAAAGGUAAAAAAACCACGCUACUGUCUCAAUUCCAUCCGAUCAGUCUAUGUAAUGUUUUGUAUAAGAUUGCUUCGAAGGUGAUCGCUAACAGAUUGAAGAUAGUACUACCUGAUAUUAUCUCAGAGGAGCAGUCAGCCUUUGUGCUAGGCAGGCUGAUUACAGACAACAUCAUCACAGCUUAUGAGUAUUUGCACUUUAUGAAGAGGAAUAAGGCCAAGAAACAUCAAUCUUGUGCUCUAAAGCUUGACAUGAUGAAGGCUUACGACAGAGUGGAGUGGUCAUAUCUUAAAGCUAUAAUGCUAAAACUAGGCUUCAACACCAGAUGGGUGGAUAUUGUUAUGAGCCUGGUAACCACAGUCAGCUUUUCUGUGUUGUUCAAUGGGAAGAAAAUACAACAUUUUAAACC